AUGGAAUGGGAAAACCACACCAUUCUGGUGGAAUUUUUUCUGAAGGGACUUUCUGGUCACCAAAGGCUUGAGUUGCUCUUUUCUGUGCUAAUCUUCAUAAUGUAUCUGGCCGUCCUUCUGGGGAAUGGUACUCUCAUUUUAAUCAGCAUCUUGGAUCCUCACCUUCACACCCCUAUGUACUUCUUUCUGGGGAGCCUCUCCUUCUUGGACAUCUGCUACACCACCACCUCUAUUCCCUCCACGCUGGUGAGCUUCCUUUCAGAAAGAAAAACCAUUUCCCUUUCUGGCUGUGCAGUGCAGAUGUUCCUUGGCUUGGCCAUGGGGACAACAGAGUGUGUGCUUCUGGGCAUGAUGGCCUGUGACCACUAUGUGGCUAUCUGCAACCCUCUGAGAUUUCCCAUCAUCGUGAACAAGGAUGCCUAUAUAUCCAUGGCAGCUGGGUCCUGGAUCAUAGGAACUGUUAAUUCUGAGGUACAAACGGUGUUUUUGGUACAAUUGACUUUCCUCAGGAAUAACAUCAUCAAUCAUUUCACCUGUGAAAUUCUGGCUGUCAUGAAAGUGGCCUGUGCUGACAUCUCAGGCAAUGAGUUCAUCAUGCUUGUGGCCACAACAUUGUUCAUACUGACACCUUUGUUAUUAAUCGUUGUCUCUUACAUGUUAAUCAUUAUCAGCAUCUUCAAAAUUAGCUCUUCUGAGGGGAGAAGAAUUUCCUCUACUUGCUCAGCCCAUCUGACUGUGGUCAUAAUAUUCUAUGGGACCAUCCUCUUCAUGUACAUGAAGCCCAAGUCUAAAGAGACACUUAAUUCAGAUGACCUGGAUGCUACUGACAAAAUUAUAUCCAUGUUCUAUGGGGUGAUGACUCCCAUGAUGAAUCCUUUAAUCUACAGUCUUAGAAACAGGGAUGUGAAAGAGGCAGUAAAACAUCUACUGAACAGAAGGUUCUUUAGCAAGUGA